AUGUGUGAUCGUGGGACACAGACACCCACGAGCCCCUACGGUGCUGAACUUCGCGUUCAUUAUUGUGGUCUCUCACGGUGUAUGGGUUUCCUCGCAGUAGCAUUGUGUGUCUUGUGUCUUCUUAACGGUUGCUCAUAUUAUCUGUACUGGCGAUCCACCGUAUUCGCCACUUCUACCAGUCGACCAGCGGCAUUCCACGCAACUGCCGCAGGUGUUUUCUUUCUCUUUGUCAUGACACAGGUUCUUGUUCAGCGGGCGCUGCGAAGCAUGAUUCAGCAGAUGAGCUACAGUGAUCGCGAAAAGAGGGUUAGACUAUGUUGCCUCAUAUUUGCCAUUUCACUGCUACCCACGACUUCAGCACAGCUAGCACUCUACGCGCAUGGCUGUUUUAGCGUGUCCAAACAGUAUGCGGCUGUGUUCAUCAUUACGGAGUAUCUGAACGUCCUUGGUGUGGCGUGCACACUGUCGUAUGCGUGGACCUCAGCAUGUGCUGAGUGGUUGCACGUGGGUGUGAGCCGUGCUGCACGCGAGCAUCGUGCAAAGACACGAGGCAUUUGGAAUAAACAUCUGGCGUACGUUAUUGCCACCACAGCCUCUGUGCAAACACCACCGGCAGAUGGCAGACCUGGCGACUACACCAACGCCAGGCUGUAA